GUGCUUCAUUUCGAAGUCCGCCUACGUUCCCGAAGCACUUCUCUACUAAAUCCGGCCUUUAAUCUGAGCGACACCUCUUGUAGUGUAUAGUCGCCUGGUAUUGCCGGUACUGUUUAUCCGAAAUCUUAUCCGAUUUUGUCCGGAUUAACAAAAAAUUUUGACGUUUGUCUUCAUGGAUUUAUUAUUCAAUAUUUUUUACUGGGCAUUGUUUAUAACAUACAUAGAAUGUUAUGGUCAAAAUUAUUAUUUUCAAAAUGAUAAAUACUGUGAUGACUUAUCUCCAUAUGUUGGUGACGUAAAUUUAGACCAAAUUUCUGGUAUUUGGUAUGGAGUAGAGAAAAUUCCUCACACAAGAGGAGAGUAUAGAAUAGAACAUACAAAUGAGUGUUUUUACAUUGACAUCAGGGAAGUUAAUAUACAGCCUACACCUCCAACACCAUAUCCGCCUAUGACAAACUCGCCUUAUGUUAAUCGUGCCUUCGGCUUACCCGAGCAGUACAGGAUACGUCACUUCGUACUGGAGUGGCAUGAAGGACACUACCAGGAUGACUACCAUAUCAAGGUCAAUACUUCCCACAAGGGAUUUUGGCCCACCGACGUACCUUCCCAAUCUGUGGACAAAAUGUAUCGUUUCUUUGGCGGUGUUAUUCAAGUUUUGAAGGUGUCAACCAAUCAUCUAGUCCUUAAUUUUUGCAUGAGGCUACCCCACUCGCAGCUCUACAGUGUGGUGUUAGCGAGGAAUGAAAAUCAACUGACUUCAGAAGAUCUAGCUAGUAUUCAUAAUAUAUUUUCUAUAAAAAAUCUCUCUACUUCUUCAUUAAAGCGCGUCUGUGAAAACUCAGCCUCCAACAUAAAAUUAUCAAAAAUUAUACUUCUUUUAAUUGCAUAUUUUAUUUGGAAAAGCAGUUAAGUUCUACUAAUUCCGGAUUGAUAAUGUAUUUCGAAAAAAAAAAAAUUAUGACAAAUUCUCGAUAUAGCGAUUACUACUUUAUAUUUUUAAAUGUAUUUAAAUAAAUAUUUUUAUACACAA